UUAGGUGCCUCCUUUUUCUCUCCUUCGUUUUCCCUUCUCAUUAUUCACAUCCAUCUCCAUAUUCCAUCUCUCUUUCCUCUCCCCCCCUCUCUCUAUAUAUUGAAAGUACAAUAAUAUAAGUAAGAAAGAAAGAUCAGAGCGAGUGAGUGAAUGAAAUGGAAAAAGUGGCAUCAUUGGUGUUGAAGGAAGAGGAGCAGAUGGAUUUGCCACCGGGGUUUCGGUUUCACCCAACUGAUGAAGAGCUCAUAACCCAUUACCUAUACAAGAAAGUUAUUGACACCAACUUUGCCGCGAGAGCCAUUGGCGAAGUCGACCUUAACCGCUGCGAGCCUUGGGAUUUGCCAUGGAAAGCGAAAAUGGGAGAGAAAGAAUGGUAUUUCUUCUGUGUGAGGGAUAGGAAGUAUCCGACCGGGUUGAGGACAAACCGGGCGACCGAGUCUGGGUACUGGAAGGCAACCGGGAAAGACAAGGAGAUUUUUCGAGGCAAAUCGCUCGUCGGAAUGAAGAAAACGCUUGUCUUCUACAAAGGAAGAGCACCAAAAGGAGAGAAAACAAACUGGGUCAUGCACGAGUUCAGGCUGGAGGGGAAAUUCUCCAUCCAUAACCUCCCAAAAACCGCAAAGAACGAGUGGGUGAUUUGCAGGGUGUUUCGGAAGAGUUCAGCUGGCAAGAAGGUUCACAUCUCUGGAAUCAUGAGGCUCGACACUUUCCGAACCGAAUUGGAUUCUUCCGGUUUACCUCCCUUGACGGAGACCUCGCCCUCUUUCGACACCAUCCAUGACGAGUCGCCUUACGUGCCCUGCUUCUCCAAUCCAAUUGAUGUUCCAAGAAACCAAGCCGCAGGCGAAAGCGGAGGAGGAGGAGUCUUUGGUGGUUCUUUCCCCAACAACUCCUCCUCUUCUGUUCCCGCCUACGCGGUUUCUUCCAACAUUCUCCCAAGGAUGCCGAUUUGCGGCGGUUCCUUGUACUCUACUCAACAUCAAGAUCAGAGUAUCCUGAGGGCGUUGUAUGAAUCGAACGAAAGGGAAAUGAUCAGUGUGUCACAGGAAACAGGCCUCACUACUGAGAUGAACGUGGAAACCAAUUCCGUGGUGUCCAAUUUUGAUUUAGGGAGGGCUCACUUUGAGAGUUUGUGGAAUUACUGAAAAUUUCAAGAUUUAAUUAACUACUAGGGUUUGAUUGUGUUA